GGCAAAGGCGCUCACUCACUCACUCACACACGCGCACACACGCACACACACACACACACACACGAGCGCUGAGCUGGUGUGAAGCAGAGUGGACAGGCGAGCAGUCAGAUCUUCUGAGAAGGCGUUGAUAUUCCUCUGGAUUGCUCUUACUCAGGCACCCACGCAGCGCUGUCAGUGAGGACGAGACGACUGGUGACAGGAGAGGACUCGGCCGCCAUCGGGCAGCCUCUCAACAUUACUCCACACUUCACCAGCAGCGCCGGCCGCACUCAACUUCUCUCUCCAGGAUCACAAGGAUUGCACAAAUAACUCACUCCCGCAAUUCGUCAACUUUUGGGCAAACACCCAAAACUCACACACACGCACACACACACACAGAAGACUGCCACAGCUGGACACCAGAGAUUUAAAAUGUGGAUUAUUACCCCUUAAAGAAAAUCACUUGUGAAAGACACUCUCAAAGGUUUCUGGGCUCCAGGCUAAAGACAUCUGACAGAGGGAAAACACGAGGAGUCAGAGGACCAUGCACUGAGAGCGAGCAUGGAGGCUGUCUCUGGGGUGGCAGCUUGGGACGGGCUGGCUCAGUCCUCUGCUGCCUCGGUGGCAGCAGUGGCGGCGGCCGCGUCGGGAUGGGUCAACCUCACCUCCGCUCUGUCUCCGGGGCCCGCCGCCGGCCCCAAUGGCACCCAUGGUGGCGGGGGGUCCUACUUCUGGCUCUUCCCUGAGAACGCCACGGGGAGUCCCCUGGGCACGCCAGCCCCUGCGCGGCAGCGGGAUCCGGCCCUGGCGCGGGCCGAGAUCGGCGUACUGGGCCUGGUGCUGGCACUCACCACGCUGGGCAACAGCUUCGUGCUGUGGGUGCUGCUUCGCCGACGCAAGCAAAACGCGCCCAUGCACGUCUUCAUGGUCAACCUGUGUCUGGCUGACCUGGUGGUGGCUUUCUGCCAGGUGCUUCCCCAGCUGGUGUGGGACAUCACCGAGCGCUUCCAGGGGCCCGACACGCUCUGCCGCCUGGUCAAGUACCUGCAGAUCGUCGGCAUGUUCGCCUCCUCUUACAUGAUUGUAGCCAUGACGGUGGACCGGCACUACGCCAUCUGCUGCCCACUACAGGCCUAUCGCGGAGGGGCCGUGUCCCGAUGCAACACCCCCGUCGUGGUGGCCUGGGCCCUGGCCCUCCUCUUCAGCAUACCACAGGUGUUCAUUUUCUCCAAGUCGGAGCUGGCGCCGGGGGAUUUCGAAUGCUGGGCCCACUUCAUCGAGCCCUGGGGCCUCAAGGCCUACGUCACCUGGAUGACCUUGGCCGUGUUUGUGUUUCCUGCUUUCAUCAUCACUGUUUGCCAGGUGCGAAUAUUCAGAGAAAUCCAUGACAACAUCUACCUAAAAUCAGAGAGGGUUGUGACAGCCGACCUCAAGAAGAAUGUUGUGUUCUUCGGCCUCCAGACUGUUAAAACGGAGGAUGAUCGAAUGAGAGGAAGAGCAGGUCACAGACCCAGGGAGCGGAGAGGUGGAGGAGGAGGAGGAGGAGGCUACCCUCUCCAGAAAAGCGAAAACAACCACCCAUGCCACCCAAACUGUAAUGACUAUCCAAUGGAAAAUACAUUGGACUGCUACGACUGUCCUUGUUCGAACAGCCAGUACGGCCAGUGCCCUAGCGACGUCACCCUACAGCCCUGCUCCCAUGGCAACAACAGCGCGCCCGACGUCCUCCCCACCAAUCAGAACCAUUCCAGCUCCACGGGGCCAGUCAGUCACUCUGUUUACAACCACCAGGAGCACGGCCCGCCCGCCUGCACGGAGUCCGGCUGCUACCGCGGCUCCUUCUCCUGCGACAGCAGCCCCCUCAGCACCUCCUUCCAGUCCCGCUACAGCGUGGCCAGCGGAUCGCCCUACGCCGCCCAGCCGCCCCUCAGCCCGCCACCGCCCAGCAUUUCCAGGGCCAUGUCCAAGACGGUGCGCAUGACACUGGUGAUCGUGCUGGUCUACACCAUCUGCUGGUCACCCUUCUUUAUCGUACAGCUGUGGGCAGCCUGGGACCCCAACGCACCCAUCCAAGGGGUGGCCUUCACCAUCCUGAUGCUGUUGGCCAGCCUGAACUCGUGCACCAACCCCUGGAUCUACACGGCAUUCUCCAGCAGUGUGUCGCGGGAGCUGCAGGCCCUGCUGCGCUGUCGGCCACCCUCCGCACGCCGCGGAUCACUGCCCGACGACUCCACCGCCACACACACCUCCACCACCAAGGAGAGCCUGUACUGAGACGAGACUCACACACACCUCCACCACCAAGGAGAGCCUGUACUGAGACGAGACUCACACACACCUCCACCACCAAGGAGAGCCUGUACUGAGACGAGACUCACACGCAAACCCGCGCACAGACACACACACUCAUGGGUCUACCUACACCACCAAGGAGAGCCUGUACUGAGACGAGACUCACACGCAAACCCGCGCACAGACACACACACUCACGUCGUGCCGAAGGCAAACUAUCUCAGGACGAUGGGUCUACCUCCACCACCAAGGAGAGCCUGGACUGAGACAAACACACACACUCGCAGGUGUCACGGACACACACUCACGUGCUGAGGAUAAGUACCUGAUGACGAUGGGUCCGACACCUACCACACACACCUUCACCAAGGUGACCGUGUACUUUGGUGGCACACACACAAAAACACACAAAUCCAGGCUUAGUGCAGGAUGACAUCACCACCACAUACACAUCUUCACCAAGGAGAGUCUGAGACACACACACACACACACACAAAGUCCGCCUCCUCAUUAAACUCCUGUCAAAGUGACAGAUUCUGAGAAGGAGACCUUAGAAGAAGUCCUUAGAGAAGUGGGGGCCCAUAAUUUAGAGCGGUCUGUGUGUGUCAUGGAGGAGGAGAGGAGGAUGAGCCACAGAACACAGGAGGAAAUGGAGGAGAGGAGGAUGAGCCACAGAACACAGGAGGAAAUGGAGGAGAGAAGUGCAGGUAAGGGGGAGCGAUACUCCACACACUGGGAGCUGAUACGCACGCUCAUGGAAGAGCCGUGACUCAUUACCUCUCUUCUUUUAUCAACACACACACACACACACACACACACACACACAGACACACACACACACACACACACGCACGC